UUCUCAUCAUUCUCAGCGAUGACCACAAAGAACGCGGGCCACGCCAUUCAUUCGCCAUGCCUGGUGUUGGGCGGCAACAGAUGGAAAGGAAUAACGGAGAGAGCAGUGGCGACAAUUGAAACCGAAGCAAAAAUGUGGAAGGAAAAGCAGAAAACUAGAUACGAAUAUUCGAAGAGUCUUUGGGAACAUUGGGGCAAUACUCCAGCUGGCCACAGAAGAGCCAGAUUGUUGAAAUUAAGAGAAAAGGCUAUCCGGAAAGAAACAGAUUUAAUAAAGUUAGAAGCGGAAGAAACGGAGUGCCGAGAGGAAGAGCGCCAAAGACGUCUGUCCCAAGCCAAGAAAUUGCUGUUUUUCCAGAAAGAUCCAGUCAAAUCGCUAAACAGCGCCUUCCUGGCCGGAGAAGCGUUCUGCGAUAGACAACGACAAAUGGAGAUCCGAAAGAAACUAGACAGAUUGGUAGACGAAGCCGAGAACCAACGAACCCAAAUGCUUUUGGAGGAGGCAUCUAGGUUUCGUGAACAGGAGGAGGAGAAAAAAUGGGCAGAUCGACUCCGAAAGUCGAUUUAUCGAUGGUCGUUAAUCCGGAGCAUAGAGGAGAAGGAGAGACAAAGGCUCGUGGAUCGUCUGGACAAUCUCCGAUACACUCGGUGGACGUCCGAAAACGUCCCAUUCCCUAUUCUCGAAAGAAAAGGUGAGGGGAGGUGCCAAGAAGAGCGGACUACCUCUGGUCCUUCCGUGGAUUUUCGAGAUGAUGACCGCCGUCGAAAAGAAAAGGAAAUCCAGGAGAGAGCCGAUAUUAUCCUUCGGAGUCUGGCCCGUCGUCAGCAUCUUAUACAACAAAAAAUGUUACAAAUUCGUCAGGAAGGAGAGGAAAGGCGUGCGCAGGCCGUCUAUCGGGCAACAGAUAAGAGAACGAGACGAGAAGACGAGAAGAGGCAUCUGAAAGAUGUCCGGGAAAAGGAUGAGGAGAUGACCCUACAAUACUCAGAGAUUGAGCGACGACGACGGGAGGCAGUGCUACUUGAAGAACAUAUCCGUAAAAAACAGAUCAAAGAAACCGAAAAGCGAAAAAUGGCUGAGUGUCUACGUUAUCUUCCAGAUCGAUAUAACAAACACACUUAUCGCAAGUCACGUCUGAGAGAAGGGGAAGAGAUAGGGUGGAAGAAAAUAGAACAAUGUCCUCAAUUCCUCUCUUCGGCAACGGAACCGAAAAACUGUUACUAUGGAAGAAAGGAGAAAAGUAAAAAGGAAGAGUUGGCCCUUCGUCUCUAUGCCCGAAAUUUAAUUACAGAGGCGGAAGUUAGAGGAGCACCUAUUUUCGGUCUGAGAAAGACAUUGGGAACCAUUUUUCCUCCUCUGAGAAGACAAACUGGGCGCGGGAAAACCUACCGUAACGUGGGAUGUUUUGGACCUUUUUCAGAAUAAAAUGAGAGAUGUUU